AUGAGAAGACCGGCACGGUGGAGCUCCAUCGGGUCCUCUCCGAGCUCAAUGAACGACGACAACAUCAGUCGGGAUGUGCUCAGCGAGUCGAUAGUGAAUCUCGGAAUAUGCGUGCUGGAGGACAAGCUGUGGGCGAUGGUCGCGAAGAUUGACGCCCACGGACGCCGAGGGAUUCAGCGCCCUAUACGUGGCGCUGGGGCAGAAGCAGAAAUAUUUAUGUGUUUGAUCUGCAAAUGUCUGUCAAAGGGGUUUCUGGAGAGGAUUAAGGGUAAGACUUUUGUGAUAAAGUCGUUGGCCCUACAUAGAGUGGUGCUGGAACACAUGGUGGCCGGAUUCGUGACCCACUGCGGUUGGAGCUCCAUCCUAGAGGUUGUUAUGCGCGGGAUGCCGAUGAUUGGGUGGCCGACCUACGCGGAGCAGAGAAUGGACAUGGUGUUCAUAGUGGAGAAGAUGGGGGUAGCGUUGCUGUUGGAUGACGGGGACGACGAGUUCGUGGUGGCGGAGGAGCAGAAGAAGUGGGAUGUAAAUAAUGACGGGUUUAGGCAUAUAUUGGCUGAAGAGUUACGUAAAAGGAGACUGAUGACUCAUGGUGAAACUGGAGAAUCUGUCUUGCCUCUAUCCCAUUUCAGGACUUCACAAUUGUUUCCCCUGCGCUCUCCUUUUAACGGAACCUAUUAG